CUUUGGCAAUGACUGUUCAAUAUGGAGUACAGAAACUAGCCUGAUUUGCUCUGCGUUUCACUGCUCUCAUUCAGUUUCGGAUAACUUUAGCAAUUCGGGCUCAAAUUAUGAACUUUCCCCCGUAGAUAUCAGCCUACUGGACGCUGUCACGUACGAUUGACAUAUUUCCAAAUGUCGUUGGAAUGUAAGUUGUUUACUAGCUUAGUUAACGAUAACAAAAACCGCGCUGACGUAAAUUGAUCUGAAACUGUGGUAAAACACUUAAAAACUAUUGAUUGAUAGGCAAAAUUGUAUAUUAUCUCGACGUUUUCGACAUCCGGAGGAAGAUUUCUGGUACUCAAUUGUUACCAAGUUGUGCACAGCGACUAGGUUAUCGGGUGAAAGGUGACAUCGCUUCAGUCUAUUGACCCAUAGAAUGCACAAUGCGGCGAGUGUCUCAGCCUCUCUGGGGUCCAUGGGACUGCUGCGCCUCUUUGGGGUCUCCUGGCCGUGGAGUCUGGCAGCAGGCCUCGGAGUUUAUCUGGGCACAAGAAGCUGGAAAUACUUCUACAUCGCAGCACGCACCGCCAAGAGAGACCUCAAUGGCCUGUAUGUGCUGAUGAGAGUGAAGGUGGCUCUAUGGCGCUACAUGCGUAAUGGAAGUAACAUUCCUUCCAUAUUCGCUCAGACAGUGAAACGGCACCCAAAUAAACCAGCACUGAUCUAUGAGGCCACAGGGGAAAUAUGGACCUUCACUCAGCUGGACGAGAUGUCUAAUGCCGUGGCCCACUGGGCCAGAGGUCAGGGGUGGGUCUCGGGUGAUGUGGUGGCCCUCUUCAUGGAAAGCAGACCGUUGCAGGUGGCUCUUUGGCUGGGCUUGGCCAAGGUUGGGGUGGAAGCUGCACUCAUCAACUUCAACCUGCGGAAUGAUUCCCUCGUGCACUGUGUUGGGGUGUCGGGGUCCCGGGCCAUUGUGUUUGGAACUGAGCUUGCUGAUGCCAUGUCGGAGGUCAGUUCCUCCAUAAACCAGGCCAUGGUACGGUUCAGUACAGGGGACCUCGGUGCAGAACAUCUGGCCCUUCUGGGUGCUCAACCUCUGGACCCAAUCUUAGCCUUGUCACCUAAACAUCACCCCACACCUUGUGUUCCCCCCAAAGGCAUGAAUGACCGUCUAUUUUACAUUUACACCUCCGGCACCACAGGACUGCCAAAGGCUGCCAUUGUUGUACACAGUCGUUACUACAGAAUUGCUGCUUUUGGAUAUUUCGCCUUCCGCAUGAGCCCAGUUGACAUCAUCUAUGACUGCCUGCCUCUCUAUCACUCAGCAGGUAAUAUCAUGGGCGUCGGUCAAUGUCUGAUCCAUGGCCUCACUGUGGUAGUGAAGAAGAAAUUCUCUGCCAGCCGCUUCUGGGAAGAUUGCAUUAAGUACAACUGCACUGUGGUGCAGUAUAUUGGGGAGAUCUGCCGCUACCUCCUGUCUCAGCCAGUACGGCCGUCAGAAAAAGGACACAAAGUUCGGCUGGCGGUGGGGAACGGGCUGCGCCCCAGUGUGUGGGAGGCCUUCACAGAGCGUUUUGGGGUGGCACAGAUUGGCGAGUUCUAUGGAGCAACAGAGUGCAACUGCAGCAUCGCCAACAUGGAUGGCAAGGUGGGAGCCUGCGGAUUCAACAGUCGCAUUCUCCCCAAUAUUUACCCAAUCCGUCUGGUGAGGGUGGAUGAGGACAGCAUGGAGCUGGUUCGAGACAGCCGGGGGCUCUGUGUGACUUGCCGCCCUGGGGAGCCAGGGCUUCUGGUGGGUCGUAUCAACCAGCAGGAUCCAUUACGGCGUUUUGAUGGCUACGCUAACCAGGACGCUACUAAAAAGAAGAUAGCUCACAAUGUCUUCAAGAAAAAUGAUUCUGCAUAUUUAUCAGGUGACGUGCUGGUGAUGGAUGAAUUUGGCUACAUGUACUUCCGUGACCGUGGUGGUGACACGUUCCGCUGGCGAGGAGAAAAUGUCUCCACCACAGAGGUAGAGGGCGUCCUCAGCAGUCUUCUGUGUCAGACUGAUGUGGCAGUGUAUGGAGUGACAGUGCCAGGUGUGGAAGGUAAGGCCGGCAUGGCUGCCAUUGCAGACACAACAGGAACUUUUGACUGCAACAGCUUCCUGCAGAAAGUCCAGCAUGCUCUUCCUUCGUAUGCUCGCCCCGUGUUCCUGCGAAUUUCACCACAGGUGGACACCACAGGUACAUUUAAGAUCCAGAAAACCAGGUUGCAGAGGGAGGGAUACGACCCGCGUCGCAACACUGACCAGAUCUACUUUUUAAACACUAGAGCAGCGUGUUACGAGGCUGUAGACGAGGAGCUAUACAAUGCUAUAGCCGAGGGAAGAAUGUCUCUAUGACAUGGAGGCCGUUGCAGGGCAGUCGUGUUGCCUCAGAAAAUAGAUGCUGUAGAGAGAACAUAUGCAUACGCUGGUGUAGGGAUCAGUCAGUUUGGGUGCACCACUGACAGGAUUAUAACCUUUCAGGAAACGGAUGAGAAGACUACUUACAUAGGCAGAGUAUUGUAACAGAUGACGUUUAAACCUUGUAUGAUUAACACUCCAGGCAAUAAUGUAAGG